AUGACAAGGGGCAAAUCUCCUAGCCACGAUAGUCUCAGCAUCGAGCACCUUCAGCAUGCGGGGUCUCGCCUUGCUGAGGUGAUGGCUUUUCUUUUUAACUUAUGUAUAGUACAUUCAUAUUUACCGCCGAACUUGAUGAAAACGGUUGUGGUACCGAUUGUCAAGAACAAAACAGGUGAUUCUGCGAACAGUUCGAAUUAUAGGCCUAUCUCGUUAGCAACAAUCAUAACCAAGGUACUUGACAGUGUGCUUAACGCUCAGUUAGAUUGUUAUUUGCACAUUCACGAACUCAAAUUUGGAUUUAGGUCUCAAUUAUCCACGGAAAGUGCAAUUCUGAGCUUAAAGCAUGCUGUCAGCAACCAAUUGAAUACUAUAAAGUGGGCAAACGAGUACUCGGAGCCAUAUAGGUUGGAAUGUGGAGUGAGGCAGGGGGGGUUGAGCUCACCUAAUCUUCUUAACCUGUAUGUCAAUGCGCUGAUUGAGGGGCUCAGCAGCAUGAGGGUCGGAUGCCAUAUUGGUGACGUAUGUUUCAAUAAUAUCAGCUACGCGGAUGAGAUGGUGCUGCUGGCCCCCUCUGUCAGCGCAAUUAGGAGGAUGCUGGCUUUUUGCGAGUCAUACGCUGAGACGCAUGGAUUGGUGUACAAUAACAAGAAAAGUGAAUACCUAGUCUUCAAGGCUGGCAACAGACUACCGGAAAAUAUACCCUUAAUAAAGUUAAACGGGGCAUGUCUUGUUAGAGUACACCAAUUCAAGUACCUAGGUCACAUUGUCACAGAAGACCUAAAGGAUAAUGUUGAUAUUGAGCGAGAACGCAGGGCGUUGUCGAUCAGGGCGAACAUGUUGGCCCGCAGAUUUGCUCGUUGCUCAACACCAGUUAAGAUCACGUCUUACAACGCCUUGCGUGUACAGUACAAUAACGCCUUUAGGGCAUUGUUGGGGCUGCCGCGGUACUGUAGUACCUCUAGUAUGUUCGCGCACGCAGGAGUCGACAGUUUCCCGGCCAUUCUGCCUUAA